UGUCGCCUGUUUUAGUAGGAUUUGAGCCGCUACGUUGAAGUUUUUUAUUAUAGGACUAGGGUUUUUAGCGCUCACAAAACUCCACUAUCGAAAGUCAAAAUGUGAUCAAAUAACUGACUUAUCUGAGAAAUUAACUUCCUGUUUUUUGACAGUUUUUUUUCCCCAAAUUUGAUUCCGCUUUCAUUUUCAUAUUGUUGUCCUUCAUAAGGAGAAUGGAGGACAAGGCAACCCCUGCCAUAUUGUGGUAUAUUUACAUGUUCAUCUGCGUGCCUUCUUGUCUGUCAGCAGCAGAUUUCCAAGUACGCACCUCUACCGGGCAGGAUGUCACCCUGUCGUGUGGCACCUAUCGAAAAAAUCUAUUAUUGCCCUGGAAUUGUAUUUCCUGGUACUUGGUGAAAGCAGAUGGAGUAGCAGCUCCUCUUAUCUCCUAUGAUUGCAAGGUUAAUGAAGUCCAUGUGCAUGACAGUCAACUGAUGGGCAGAAUAGAGUUGGCAGGUCAAGAUUUGAUCAUCAAGGACACAAGAGCGUCUGAUGCAGGGAAUUAUACCUGCUUCAUAUCUUUCUUCCUUGGAGACUUAAGACACAAGACAACCACCAAUCUUGUUGUGCACGUCUUCACAGAUUGGACAUUACGGAUGAUCGCUUUGGGAGGGUUCCUGCUGAUCAUAGUGGGCAUGGCGGCCACGACCUAUGUCAUCAUCCUUAGAAAACGACGUGAGACAUGUGUCAAGACCCAUGUGAAUCGUGGUGAGAACAUUUGUUCCUCCUGUAUUAACCGCAUUAUCUGUGCCGAUGUGAUGUGUUUCUUUCACUUCUUCACUCCUUUCAUGGCCUGACUGUCUUCCACACACACAGACGCUGUAGCGGAUGUUUGACGUGCCCACACAGCUUCCUCACGCAGGAAGUUGAAGGUUUUGUUGUCAGGAGUUGAAAUCGCCCGCCCUCAAACCCCCCUCCCCCCCACUCCCUUCCUCCCAAGAGAUUCUUUCAUCACAUCCUUUAAGGUAAAGAAUGAGUAAAUUAAAAAAAAGAAUAAAUAAACCAA